UUUGAAAGAAAGACACUUCUCUUUUCCCCCCAAUCCUUUUUGCCCUUAUUGCUUUUUAUGGCCUGGUGAGAAUUAGACACAUCGCAGCCAGCUCUCGUCGUAGCAGUUUCAAUCGCAGAAUAAACAUUACUCUCGCAAGCAUAUUCCUGUCGUAGCAGUCCGCGCAUAUAGUCAUGGCUUGGGCAGUUGGCCUCGGACAUAGCAUUGGAAGUCUGGUCAGUUGAUUUCUUUUAGUUGGCUUCCUAUCUCCUAUGCCGUGAGAGAUCGUCAUCACUAUCGUCAUCGAUGACUUUGGCUCUGUCCAUUGUUGGUGUAUGGUUUCAUCUGUAAUAAAACGUGAUUGCAGGAAUUUCCCCGAUUAACUCAUUACUUUGCUCAUUUUAUUCAGAGCAGUCAAACCUAUCGGUUCUGGAUUUAUCAGUGAGAGCGAUUAAAUCAUUUGGAAUUGUGCAUUGAUAACCAUAGAGAACACCUGUGGAAUACAUUUGACUGAUUCUUUGUAUGAUCUGUUCAGAUGUGUCCAUUCUACCUUAUGAUCUGAGGAAGAUGUCUUAGGAAGCGACGCCAUCUGACAGCAUCUUACGAGUCCUUCAGGUUCACAAGACCAGGAACCAUCCACAAGGAACUGCCCAGGACCAAGAACGAUCCCACCGCUGCCACCAAAAGUCAGCUAGUCAUGGAGCAGGCACCCACCAGACAGGUUCCGCACCACCAGCACCACCACUCGCCGCCUCCCAUGAUGCUCGGCAAGGAUCACCAUCAGCAGCGUCCGUCGGUCGGAGCAGAGAAGGCCAGCGAUACAAUGGUCCUACAGACCAAUUCUCCUAUGCCUACAAACCAGGACCCAGUGAAAUGGUCCAGGGAGGAAGUCCUUAACUGGUUAAAAUGGUGCCAAGAGGAAUUCUCCCUCGACAACGUCAAUGCCGAGAAGUUCACAAUGAAUGGGAAAGCCCUGUGCCUCAUGCCCAAGCAAUCAUUUUGUGACCGGGCGCCGGAGUGCGGCGACAUCCUCUACGAACUUCUUCAGAAACUGUUCCGUAAAGAAUGUCGGUUUUAUCAUCCGAAUUCUUCAGAACCGCGAAGCUCGCCAGACCCUCAGUUUAACAGAAUAAGUGGAUCUUCGGAAAAUCAGAACGUCUCGGGAUCUUCGCAAGAAACGCUGGGAUACCAAGGGAACUUGACGAUACCCCCCUCCAACUCCAGUCCCCGUCUACCAAUUGAUCUUUCCGCGCAGCCAGAAAAGCCCAACACCCCAUGCAGUGAUUCAGGUCACAGUUCGCCCGACACGGCAGAGGACCUACGACUAGCCGCAACCAACAACCCGGCUUCUGCGCCCCACUACCGCCGUCAAAACGUACCCCCCAUGAUCACCCUCACGUCGUCAAACCGGAGCUCACCCCAGCGCAUGUUCGAGAAACAGUCCCCGCGACACCUUGGCGGGAAAAGCCUCCAGGACGGUCUGAGUGAGUCGGUGAUGGAUACCACCGCAGUGCCGCCUUCUCCGACGAAGCGACUUCGGAUGGAGUAUGGCCAACCUGGCGGCGUCGCGUCCGCAUUCCCGCAAGUCAACACAGGUCACAUUGAGCUCCGGCAUCGCGCCAACACGGCAGAGCGGAUAGAGCAACAUAACCUGCAUCAAGGUUCGCACCAGAGCCUGCAUCCUCACUCGCAUCCGCGGCUCCUCGGGCGACGGAGAUUGAGCUCCGACGACGGACUCGCCACCGGGAGAGCCCCGUCCACGUACGGAGUGGAGCGACACAGCACCGGAGCCUUGAUCGGUAUGGGAGGACUGUAUAAUCAUAGCGGUUUACCAACGCUUCAGGUGCCAUGUACGGUACCUAGUCUAGUAGCAGGGUCAGCGAUUCUUUCCAGGUUACAGCAAAGGAGAAAUAGCACAGGUGGUGCAGAAGGUCAGUUCAAUGCAGGUAUAGGUGAUAAUCUCGGUCAGAGCCCCCAUCAUCCCGGUAGCAUCUCGUCAAUGCCGCGGCGACGGAGCAUGGAUCCAGACGAUGUCUUUCUCCUCGACGAGGAUGGGUUCGAGACACGUAAAGCUGCAGGCGGGGAUUGUCGCCUUCUCUGGGACUUCUUGGUCCAGCUCCUAAAGAAUAAGACCUACAUGCCAUACAUCAGAUGGGAGGACCGGCGGGAAAGGGUCUUCCGGAUCCUGGACCCAGUCCAGAUCGCCAAUCUCUGGGGCCUGCAGAAGAACAGGACCAACAUGACCUAUGAGAAACUCUCGAGGGCGCUCCGGUACUACUAUAAGAUGGGGAUUUUGCAGAAGGAACAGGGCCAGAAGCUUACUUAUAGGUUUUUGCAAGACCCUAAAGAUAUUGCCAACAGCCAACGCUUCUCAAAGAUGGCCCGAAAUAAGGACAAUCCAGAACAUUCCGAGGUAACGGGAUCACCGGCCUCACCAAUCCAUCACUUCUCGACGGCGUCGUCGACCUCGCCGCUGGUCAUGUCAUCAACCCCUUCGACAGCGACGUCGAUGUCAAUGCAGUCAUCAGCCAUGAUGUCCUCAACGAUGUUGCCCUCAUUGAUGACACCCUCAUCGCUUGGUUCAAAUAGAAUGUAUGGUCUGCCCACUCAAGUUCCGCACUCGACGGAGCGCCUCUAUCCCGACCACGAAGACUCAUGUCAAAGUUCAUCCAUAGGGCAGAGGUCAUCCGUUCACAUGGCCUCGACCUCAUCCACCCCCUCCCCAUCGCCACCUGUAACUGGCGAUGACCCUGUCGCCGUCGCGACGCAUCAGAUGGAAGGCGUGUCCAUGAUGGCGCUGACAGCACAGUGGCAAGCCGGUAACUCUGGAACGUCGGAUACCAAAGUUGAAGGGUUAAAGGUCAAAGAGGAACCGAGAAGUAGACCCCAGUCACCGGAAAUGGAAUGCUAAACAAAAGCAUUGGACAAUUUGUAUUGCAUCAAUUGAGAUGUCUGUUUUGUGGCAUCAAGAUGUCAUUACUGACAUACAUAUUCACAAAGAAUGUUAUAAACCUUAUGCACCUCAUAAAUCAGAACAUAAUCCAAAAUUUGGAAAUCAUGUAAUUGCCGAUUCAUAGCUGUGUUUUGUAAUACUACUACGACUACUAAUAAUUAUACUUCCUUGUAGAGUCUGCACUGAUCAAUGGCUUAAUCAGAUCUCUGUAAGCACUCUACAAUAUUGCAGCAUAAUUGUAUUACAGUGAAACCAGUCUGCAAAGACCACGAAAGGAAGUCAAGGAAAGCAGCCCAUAAAAGCAAGUAGUCUUUAUGGGCAAGUUCUUGUUACAGGGGCCCCGUCUUACAAAGUUAUAAUUGAUAAGAUCAACCUCAACUUUAUUGAAAUCCAUCAAUGUCAUGAUUUUUUCCCAAAGGAAAUUUGCACAAUGUCCUUUGUGAACUAAGAGAAGUACACCAAAUUUUCAAGAAAAGGAUGAAUGUAUGAAUAUGUAUUUUAGAUGUUGACAUUGCUGGCUUUCCAUAGUUGUUGCUGGUCAUAUCUAUCACAACUCUUUAUAAUAAGGAUGGAAAGCACUGUUGUUGUUUUUUUUUACAAAUGGUCAUUUUAUAAUGCACCGUACAUGUAUAUUCCACACAUUGGCGUCAGCGCAGAAGAUUAUCCUUUGUUCAUGGGGGGCAUCUAUUGUUCUGCUCC